GGAGAUAUGGAGAACUGUUUGGCGGCCGCGGCGCUGAACGGGGUGGACCGACGUGCCCUGCAGCGCACGGCUAGGCUGGGUCAAGAAGUGCUGGAGCGGGCCAAGAGGAGGGCGGUGGACUGGCAUUCGCGGGAGCUCCCCCAAAGCAGCGUGGGGGUCACUUCCCGGGAACAACCUGACCGAGAAAGACGGCCAGCAGCCGGCCCCCAGCGUCUUCUCCCGGGAGAGAGAGAAGAAAGACAACCAACCCUCAGUGCUUCCUUCAGAACAAUGGCAGAAUUCAUGGACUAUACUUCAAGUCAGUGUGGGAAAUAUUAUUCAUCUGUACUGGAGGAUGGAGGGGCAGCCCACGUCUCUCGUUAUCACAGAAGGAAGUCGGAACUGCAUUUGUGCUGUGACGGGAGGAAUGGUCAGAGAAAAGACACCUCUCUUGGUCUUGGAGUCAUCUCUCACGCAUCAGAGUGUGCUCUAGAGGCCUCUCAGCAGCCUGCUGAAAACAUCUCUAAGGACCUCUACAUAGAAGUAUAUCCAGGGACCUAUUCCGUCACUGUGGGUGCAAAUGAUUUAACCAAGACUCACGUGGUAGCAGUGGACUCAGGACAAAGUGUGGACUUGGUCUUCGCCGUAUGA